GGGUCUCUUCAACAGAGCGGACCAGAGGUUCAAUUGUCUCGAGCCCCUUCAGAGUGUUGCUGGUUCCUGGCUGAUGGAGCUGGAGGUCAUAAAGGAAUUGGAGGCAGCGGGCCACUGUCUCCAGGCUGCUCAACAUCCACCCUGUGGUCAUCAAAGUUGGACUUCUUACCCCUGGUCAAGUGGACACCUAACAGCUAGUUAGCUGUCCAUAUGGGCCGUGUGUCUAUCUUGACUUAGACUGACCCAGAUAAUCUUUGUUGGAGGAUUAAAGCAAUGUCGCAGAGGAGGAGGAGAAUAUCCUAUACAGGCUGUAUUCGUGUUAUGGAGCUCCUAAAACCUUUCAGGACACAUUUCACCUGCUGACUAAAAUGCCCUCCACAAGGAGCUCCAAUAACGGGGCAUUAUCAGAGUUAUUUGGGCAGCGGAGGCUGUUAGGGCUCGGAGCUCUGCUAGCAUGGCUUGUCCUCUUCCAUCUCCUUGUGAACGUUUGGCUCCUCUGCAUCUUCACCAGUCUGUUGGUGGUCCUCGGGGGUUGGCUCGGGUCCCGUGCCUUACUGGACGCAAACAGCCUUCUCCACUUGGAACACUUUUUACCUCUUGGCAAAGUUAACCCACCUCUGUAUUCACCUGAGCACGAGUGGAGAUUGAACCACGAGAUCAACAAUGUUGUCCACAAAUCUGUCCGUGACUUUGUGUCGUCGUGGUAUCGGACCCUGCUGCCAGGGGUGGAGGGAGAGUUUGAGCAUUCAGUGUGUACUUCUAUGCUGGAGUCAGUGAUGGAGCUGAAGGAGCGUGCACGGCGAGUGGACAGAAAAGCGCUGGUCCAACGGUUGCUGGAGAUGUACGGCUGUCACCUGCAGAGCUACAUGACAGCAAGACAGAUACAGUCGACGCAGAAGGAGAGCAUUAGCCUCUGGCAGCUCUACAGUGAAGUAGAUGCGCCUCAUCCAGCUGUGAGCGGUGCAGCUGCUGAGCUCAGCUACUCCAGAGCUCUAGUAAAUCUCGUCUUACAUGUGCUUGUUCCUUACCCUCAGAUGGAAACCAAGACUGGAGGUUACAUGGUUACUGAGCUCAUCACCUGUAACGUGCUGCUGCCGCUCAUAAGCAGGGUGUCUGAUCCUGACUGGCUCAACCAGACCAUUGUAGACAUAAUCACCAGGUCCAGAGCACCACAGGACAUCAGUGUGGACCAGCUCCCACCUGCAGCCACACUAUACAGAUGUCAGAUUCAGCAGGAGUCCUGGACCACCUGCAGGUCACCGUCUUCUUCUGAUAACCUCAGCAGCAGAAGCACCUCUGACCUCGAUGAUCUGCAGAGCCAGAGAAGCAUCUGCGAGACGGAUUCCUCACAGAGCAGCAUGGUUAGCUUGGUGUCUGCUGGGAAAGUAGAAGGCUGCCAUGCAGGUUUGCUCACACCAUGCAAAGUGAACUGCUGUGUAUUCACACCUGGCCAAUACUCCCACUCUUCACAGUCCAAAUUGAUUUUACUGGACUCCCUAAUUCAAUCAGAAUCCGAAGAUGACCUGACAGGAGGCUUUUGUGAAUGCGGUCCUCCAACAAACUUCUGCAACAUGAUGACUUUAAAGGAUGAUGAGGCGUUUGGCUGCUUUGGUCCGCUGAAAAAUCUUGGGCCGAAGGCGGUGGUGCCCGAAGACUCCCAGUGGCCAGCAGGUAUAGCCCAAGAGAAAUCCUCACCGUGUCCUCCAAGAAAACUUUGUCCAACCUCCUGCAACUUUGAUACCCCAAACAGCCAAGCUGCACUCGUGAACAUCCAGAAUGUGCAAAUUACUGGUACUGUCACUGCAAAGGAGCAGCGUGGCACCGGCACACAUCCGUAUACCCUCUACACUGUAAAGUUUGAGACGAUGACUGAAGCAGAAAACGACGGCACCCUGCAGCCUGCGUCCUGUCACACUGUCAACCGGAGAUACAGCGAGUUCCUCAACUUGCAAACACGCUUAGAGGAGAAGCCUGAAGUCAAGAAAGUAAUUAAGAAUGUCAAAGGCCCAAAGAAAAUGUUCCCUGACCUUUCGUUCGGCAAUGCAGACAGCGACAAAGUUGAAGCUCGUAAAAACCAACUGGAUACGUUCCUUAAACAAUUAAGCAGCAUUCCUGAGACAUCCAACAGUGAGGACAUGCAGGAGUUCCUGGCUCUCAAUGCAGACGUUUCCACAUACUUUGGAAGAAAGCCUUUUGUCAAGUCAAGAAUUGAUAAGAUGGUGGAAAAUGCAUUAGACACUUUAAAGACGGCAUUCCCUCAUCCUGAGCCCCUCAGUCCAACAGAGGACCUCGAGGGAGACGCUGAUGGAAGAACAAUAGACAGCAGAAAGUACAGGAGGCUUAUGUUCCCAAGCAAAGUUUCCCCGUCUCUCAACAUGCCUGACCUACACCCUAAAGUGACAUACUGCUUCAGUGAAGGCAGCACUGUCCUCAAUGGCAUGUCUCUGUCUGGCCUGGAGAGCUUCGUCAAAGGACAGGAAAGACUUUUAUGUGAGCCGAAUGGGAAGGAGGCAGCAAAACAGAGCUGUGAGCAGCCCGGCAAAGACAAGAAGACGUCAGGGAGAAGUCAUGGGACAGACACAGCUGUGGCAGAUGUUGCUUUGAACAUUCUGUGUCUGCUGAUGAAGGACCAGUGGAGUUGGCUGUGCACCGAGAACAUACAGAAGACCAUCAGACUGCUCUUUGGCACCUUCAUUGAGAGGUGGUUGGAUGUAGGAGUUGCCCAUCUUACCAGUGCCCCCUGCUGGGUGAUUUACCUACAAGUGCUGCAGGAAGCUGUAUGGCCAGGCGGCACGCUGCCUGCUCAGCCACGGCCAGAGCGCAGUGCCGCAGAGCGAGAGGAAACCAAGGAGCAGUGUCUGGACUGUCUCAUGCAGCUGCUCCCAGAGCUCAUCACUGACAUGCUGGGAAGUGAGAAGUACAGACUAAGCUUAGAGACCAUGCUUGAGUCUUUACAGGAUCAUCAGAUAAACAAGCAUCUGAUCUACUGCAUCUGUGACCUGCUGCUGGAGUUUCUGAUCCCUGAGUCGUGCGAUGAGGCCUUCCAGAGGUCUCUGCUGCAGAGCCUGGCCAAAGACACAGAGAGGGACAAUCCUCACACAUGAUCAGCAUAUGAUCGCACUCUGAUGGAUAAUGUGCAGUACAUGUGUAUGAGGUUUAUUUAUAACGGCCUGAAGUCACUGGAGUGGAUGGGGUGAUGGCACAGGACAGCAGCAGUCACUUCCUGAUUGGUCAGUGGUAACAGAGAGCUCCGAAAGUCCCUUUCCUUGUGACCUCAAUAUCUCUGAAACACCUUAAGGGGACACAUCAAAAGGAAACAGUUGUGCUCACUACAAUGUCUCACCCAUUGAAAUAUUAACUACUGUUCUUAUGUGCGAUUGGCUAAUGGGAUCAAAUGCAAACUAUGUAAAAUUGUGUUAAUAAAUAGCA